GAGUAAUAGUAACUCUAGAGACCCGUGGAUUCGAUAUUUAUUACUUGUGCCACUAUACUGCAGUCCCUUUCAUUGGUUACACUUGGCCAUUGUUAGGUGUUGUGUUUUGGCGUGUCAAGUUUUUGGCGCCGUUGCCGGGGACUUUCUAGAGUAUUAGGAAAGGCAGAAGUUUGUUACUUUAGCGUUUUUCUUUUCUUUUCCACCCUUGCUUUUCACUUGGGUGUUUUUGUUUUUGUUGGUGCAGAUCUGAAUCAUGGAUCCGCAUGGCUUCUCCAACCAGUGGGGGUAUCCACCACCAUCCGAGUGGUAUUACCCCGCGACUCCCUACAGCAAUCAAGGAGGAGAAGACUAUGGAUUCGGGUUUCAGUACCAACCCCCAUCCUACGAAGAACAAUCAGACCCCUGGGUAUUUCAAGAACAAUCUCCUUAUCAAGAAGAAUUCCUCCAUCAGCCAGAUCCAAACUAUCACUUGAGGCUUCUCGUGGAGCAGAUUGCUCGAGUACCUGAGAGAUCUUUUCCCGAGAUGGAUCCUCAUAUCCAGGCCAUUGCCCAAACUGACUUCUCCUACCGUGAAACAGAGGAGACCCUCCUGAGCAUAAAGAAGAGCCUCGAGGAUCUUGAGAAAGCUUAUGCACAACCUGCUCAAGAUCACCCUUCUGCUAUCAUACUAGAAGAGGAGGAGGAAGACGAAGGCUACAAGGAUAUUGUGGAGCAGACAGAAGUUUUCACGAAAAGCUCUCGUGAUGAUCAUGAUCAGGAAUUUCCUGCCGUAGCCGACCACACCUUCCCACAUCCCAAACUGAGCUUUGAAGAGGCGGGCAUGAGUGAGGAGAUGCAAGAAAAUCUCAUGAAAGAAAUUGCUUGGCAACUUGCUCUCCAAUCCGUGCUAGAAGAAGAAGAGCGAGAAAGGGUGCAGAAAGAAGUUGUGGAGGAUGAAGAAAGUGAAGCAGGAGGAGUUCUUGAUCUUUUCCCAGGGGUGAUACCACAUGAAGAAGAAAGGGAGGUUGAAGAAGCAAUUGGCGUCCAGGCUGAGGACGGAGUUAAGGUGGAAGAGGCCUGCACCGGCCAUGAGUUACAUGUGAUAUCUCCACCAAACUUCGAGGAGCUGCUUGGCAAGGACCCAUUUGCAGUGUCUCUUUGCCAGACCAAGGCCACAUCGACAUCGGUCCCUCUUGGUGGACGCGAUGGUGGCCAAUCGAUGCUGUCAUAUCUGGUUUGGGGCAAUGAGACGAGAGAAGAGAAGAAGAGGUCUCGAGGGUGGAGACUUCAUCUGCAUCAAGUACAUGAGCCUUCAUCACCUGCCACACCACAUGCUCAUGACUUGCGACUCCACCUCAUCGACGAGAACCUCAACUUCAAGGAGGUUCUAGCAUGGACCGAAACUUAGGAGCCAUCGUCCGGCUCACGACGUGAAAGAAGCGCUUGUUGGGAGGCAACCCAACCAGUCGGUUUGCAUUUCUUUCUCUUUUUCUCCUCGGUUGAGUCAGUUUUGUUAUUUGAUUUUAGAGUCAAUAACUCAACCUUUGUGAGAUUUUGUGUGGUGUUUGUGUUCUGAUUACUCUCUCUUCCUGGACUGCACUGCCUGACCCGUACAUCAUCAUUCACCCUUGAUCUGGUAACUUCGUUCUACCCUCCUUAUCUUUCCUCCAUUGAGGACAAUGUCGUGCUUAAGUGUGGGGGGAUGUUCAAUUAUGUAUGCGGGUGAAUGUUUGGCUGUUUGUGUGCUUGGAGCCUAGUCCACUGUCCAAAUUUUGAAAUUUGAGGGCUCCAAGUACGUGUUCCUUGCAAUUGCCUGCUCAGUAUGCUUUGAAUUGACAGUCUUUACAGUAAUAUGCAACCUAGGGAGGUAGUGUAGCACUAUGGAGGAUGUUGAUACAUUUAAGAAGUCUCGUUUCUUCUUCAUAUUGUGUUGGUUGAUUGAGUGAAUUAGUGAUCUUAGGACCCUUGAAUUGUGUGGUGUUAUGGAUUUUCUACCUGUCAUGGACUCUUGUAUCAUGUUUUGAAAAUAACAGGUGCUCGAAAAUGUGCUUCAAAAUAAACGUCUCCCGUGCGA